AUGGACGCAAAUGAUAGGAUUUCGAAAGUGGAAGACCUGUUAAACCAAUACAUUUUAGAUAUCUCCAAGUAUAUUUUGCAUAAGGAAAAGAACAAAAAUGAAAUAUCAGCCAUCCAAAGUCUCCCCGUGAGGCCCUAUCUCGAAAACCAACUGGUUCCUGUUUUGAUACAAGGGCUGCGGUAUUUAAAUCGUGAAAGGUAAACCACUUUGUCUUAAUCUCAUGUUGAAGACCUGAACGGCCUAUUGAGUACCUGGCCGCGUUUCUUUACAAAAACAGGGAGGAAAAGUGA